GAAAUUUAUUCUUGUAUAUGAAGUAUAGAAUUGAAACACUUGAGUUUUUGUAUGAUGUUUUUAUGUUUGAAUUCAUAUUCUUACACUUGUUAUUGUUUAUUUCAUGUGUUAUUCUUUCAUGAAUUGAUGAGCAUAAGAGCAAAACCAAUGAUCCUUUGCCAAAGUCACCUAGAUUGGUAAUAAUGGUCUCAUUAAGGUAAGUUGAUAUUUUUGGAUUAUCACAAAAAUCUACUGAUGAUCUCUCUGCUACUUUAUUGAUCAUUUGGAUUAUAAGGUAAGUUAUCUUUCCAUUAAGUUUUCUUAUCCGACUCCGUCUAAGUAAUUGAUUGCUAACUAUUCAUUUUUGCUGGUCAUUUUGGUUUUAAUCUUUAACACUUCUUGAUGCAUUCUAUUCAACCAUCACUAUAUGCCAUUUGUUAGUACGAAUCAUUUAUACUCUUUUCUAACUUCAACGUUAUCCAUCGUUCUAUCUUUAUCCUUGGUGUUUUCUUUUUUCAAAGCAGUUGUAACUGUACUUGUGAAAUUUCACCAGUGAAACAUUACAGAGAUGCAACCGUCAAAUAGAUAGGAAAAAGGGGCAAAAUUGUGUGUAAAAAUGUUUAUAUAUUCUCUCUUUUUUUCAUCAAAUCUGGCGGUUGAGUAAAUCUAACUGUAAAAUUUUACUGCAACACCGGUGAUGGACUUAGUUGAGCCCUCACCCUAGAAGCCACCUUGUUUUCGUGUGGGUGAUGUUGUCAAUUUUUUUGAAUUACCUUUUAGUCUCUAAACCAGUUAUUUUGUGCAUGUGGCUUAUCCUUUUCUUUUCCAUUUAUAUAUUCAAUCUGCUUAGAUUUUUAUUUUCCCUUUUUUCUAUAAUAAGUCUUUUAUUUUUGGUGCAAUGCUUAAUACACUCACAUUUAUAUCAAGAUUCGAGAUGAAAACGAUAUUUUCUGCAGUUUCUUAAAAUUUCUAAUAGGGUUGUCGAUUUCUUUUCACUUUGUUGUUAUUCUGGAUUUAAAAUCUCCCUAUAAGAUAUUAUUGUUUUUAUCUUUUUGUAUGUAAUGGUGGGUGUCUCAUAAACAGAUUUUGAAGCACGAGUGGCCAGCAAGAUGGCGAAGCUUCAUUCCUGAUGUUGUCUCAGCAGCUAAAACUAGUGAAACAAUCUACGAGAAUUGCAUGGCUAUACUGAAAGUAGGUUUAUCCCUGUUUUCAUUAGAUUUUAUUUCUUAUGUCUAUGACUAAGUUAAAAAAUGUCUGUUCAGCUUUUGAGUGAAGAGGUUUUUGAUUUUUCGAGAGGAGAAAUGACACAGCAGAAGAUAAAAAUGUCAUAUGACUAACUUAAAAAAUGUCUAUUUUUGUUAAUUGAAUUGAAUGAACAGGAUUUUAUCAUCUUAUUUUUGUUAUAACUUGUUCUGUUUCGAUGUUUUGGUAGUGGAAUUUAUGACACUUGAGUUUUUGUAUGAUGUUUUUAUGUUUGAAUUCAUAUUCUUACACUUGUUAUUGUUUAUUUCAUGUGUCAUUCUUUCAUGAAUUGAUGAGCAUAAAAGCAAAAUCAAUGAUCCUUUGCCAAAGUCACCUAGAUUGGUAAUAAUGGUUUCAUUAAGGUAAGUUAAUAUUUUGGAUUAUCACAAAAUCUACUGAUGAUCUCUCUGCUACUUUAUUGAUCAUUUGGAUUAUAAGGUAAGUUAGCUUUCCAUUUAGUUUUCUUAUCCGACUCCAUCUAAGUAAUUGAUUGCUAACUAUUCAUUUUUUCUGGUCAUUUUGGUUUUAAUCAACACUUCUUGAUGCAUUCUAUUCAACCAUCACUAUGUCAUUUGUUAGACACAAUAUUUGCAAAGUUUUGUUCUGUCAAAGACAGGUUGGUAUGCUUAUUGAGCAAGCUUCAAGGACGCCACUGGCACCGUUCAGGAAAAACCACUCCAGCCUUUCUUAUCGAUUGUUAAGUCAAUGAUCCUCAUUGGUGGAGUGGAAGUAAAAACUGACAUGAAGAAAAUUGAGGAACAAGGAGCAAACAUCUUGAUCAGCUGGCCUGGUCGAUUACACGACAUGAUGAAUUGGACGGAUGUUUUGGAUUUCAAAAGUUGAGGUUGCUGAAGAGCUUGAUAAAACAGGAUUGAGGAACAAACAAAAACAACAAAUGGGCAAUGGCAUGCAACAUCAAAACAAAGAGUCUUCAAAGACACAUUUGGUUCUUCACAUUGAGGAAUGGUAGAGAUUAGGAUGCUAACUGAUUAUGCAAGUGAAGAGCCUAAUUUGUGCCAAUGGAUGCAAGAGGAUAAAGAACUGUCUACUCAUGUCCAUGAUCUUUACUACGAGAUUUGGAGAUAUUGAUAAAGAGCUUUAUUUGGUCAGGGGAUAUCACUCAAAGGAAGCUGGUAGUUGUUAGUUGGAAGAACAUGUGCAAGCCUUUUAAUCAUGGUGGUUGUGGCCACAAGUCUUUAUUUACUCUCAAUGAAGCCUCAAAUUUAAAGCUUUGUUAGGACAUGUUACAUUCACAGGAACAUUGGGCUAUAUUACUGAGAAGCUGGGUCUGUAGAGAUAAACAAUGAAUCAAUCACCACAUUUUUUCAUCCUUAUGGAGUAGCUUCAAGUCGGAGUUCUAGCUUUUUACUAUAAAUUUCUGGAAUGACAGAUGGUGUGAUAAACAAUCUUUGGCUCAAACAUUACAAUACCUGUCAAUCUUCAUCAAUUUCUUUCUGCUACUGUUGCAGACUUUAUUCAUGAUCACCAUUGGCAUAUUCCUUUUUGAUCUGGAAGUUAUGUUCCCUAAUCUCAGACACAUUAUUGAUAGGGUUUCAAUCCCAAUGGAGCAUAAGCCUGAUGUAUUCCCCAAACACUUCUUUCCCUCUCAUCGCAUCUCAGUUUUCCUUCCUCUCUCUCAAAUCACAACCAAACACUCAUUUUCCCUCUCUUUUCUCUCCGAUCAAAAUGGCACGUAAAAAACAAACCGCUCGCAAAUCCACUGGAGGAAAAGCACCAAGGAAACAACUAGCAACAAAAGCUGCACGGAAAUCUGCUCCGGCAUCCGGAGGAGUGAAGAAACCUCACAGAUUUCGUCCAGUAACAGUUGCUUUAAGAGAGAUCAGAAAGUAUCAAAAGAGCACAGAGCUUCUCAUUAGGAAACUUCCAUUCCAAAUUUUGGUCAGUGAAAUCGCUCAGGAUUUCAAAAUUGAUCUACGAUUCCAAAGUAGUGUUGUUUCUGCUCUUCAAGAAGCUGCUGAAGCUUAUCUUGUUGGUUUGUUUGAAGAUACUAAUCUUUGUUCUAUUCAUGCUAAGAGAGUUACUAUUAUGCCUAAGGAUAUUCAUCUUGCUCGUAGGAUUAGAGGCGAGAGGGCUUAGAUUUGAUUUGUUAGGGUUUAGUUCUUGAUUAGAUUUCUGUUAUGGUUCUGUUCUUGAUUAGAUUUCUGUUAGGGUUUGAAUCUUGACUAAUCAUGUUCUUGUAAGAAAGUUUCGAUCUACUUUAGAAUGUAAUCAGGUUUUAAUAUGAAUUGA